AUGCACUGGUUCGUCGUUGUCAUAAUAAUCGUCCUCCUUCUUCUCCUCGCCUACGUCGCCUGGAUAGCCUUCACCCACUUCCGCGCCCGCCGCUCCGGCCUCCCACCACCCCCCCUAAAAUCCUACAUUCCCUUCUCGUCCGCCUUCAACUCCUCCUCCUCGUCGUCGUCCCAAUACCUCAGAGACAGCAGCUACCCCAAACCGCGCGCCGGCGGCAUCGGCGACUGGUUCAAGGAUAAAUGGGACGCCAUGCGCAACCGGCGCACCGCGCGGGGCGCCUAUGAGUCGCCAUUGGACUCGGGCGCGGGCGCGGGUGGCCACCGUGGCUUUGGCAGUGGCGGCGCUGGCGGCGGUGCAUAUGCGCACGAUGAGAUCUGGGAUUCGCGCGUCGGGGAGGGCGGGUAUGGGGGUGCUGGCGCGGGCUAUUAUGAGGAGCAAGAGGAGCUGGGGCUGACGAGGCAUGUGGACGGGAGCGGGCCGUAUGAGUUGGGCGGGCGGAUGGAGGCCGGCACCGUGCCCAAGGCUGGGCCGGCGGCCAGCACGGUAACGGUCGAUUUACACGGAGGAGAGUCAGAGCCAGGACCCGCAGAGGCGGAGAGGGGUCGGAGUCGCAGUAGGGAGCCCACGUAUGGAAGUCAGGCUGAUGGCGCUACGCUCCGCGAGAAUCCGUUUACGGAUCAGGCUGAGCCGAGUAGUUUGAGAGAUGCUAGCCCACGGCCGGAGGUUGAGGGCCGGACUACUACUACUACUUCUGGGGCUGAUACCGCCGAGGCUACACGAGGAAGAUCGCCGGAUAGAAAAAGCGGGUUUAUAGAGAGGUUAUGA